CGCGCCCCGCCCCCGCGCUCGGACGGCCUGAAUCGCGCCCUCCCGCCCUGCGCUGCCGAACUUGCUCUAACUUCCUUGGCCGAGCUGGGCCGCGCCGUUGCCGCCGCUGCCUCCGCGCCCGGAUCCUGCUUCUCAGAAGAUGCACUAUUAUAGAUACUCUAACGCCGAGGUCAGCUGCUGGUACAAGUACCUCCUUUUCAGUUACAACAUCGUCUUCUGGUUGGCUGGAGUUGUCUUCCUCGGAGUCGGACUUUGGGCAUGGAGCGAAAAGGGUGUGCUGUCCGACCUCACCAAAGUGACCCGGAUGCAUGGAAUUGACCCUGUGGUGCUGGUGCUGAUGGUGGGCGUGGUGAUGUUCACACUGGGCUUCGCUGGCUGUGUGGGGGCCCUGCGGGAGAACAUCUGCCUGCUCAACUUUCUCUUACAGGCCUCCCCGAGGAUCCGCCAGUGGCUGGGAGGAGGCUGCCCUUUGCACUCUGCUGCCCCCCGAAAGUUCUGCAGUGCCAUUGUGCUCAUCUUCUUCCUGGAGCUGGCCGUGGCCGUGCUGGCCUUCCUCUUCCAGGACUGGGUGAGGGACCGGUUCCGGGAGUUCUUCGAAAGCAACAUCAGAUCCUACCGGGACGACAUUGACCUGCAGAACCUCAUCGACUCCCUUCAGAAAGCUAACCAGUGCUGCGGGGCAUAUGGCCCUGAAGACUGGGACCUCAACGUCUACUUCAACUGCAGUGGCGCCAGCUACAGCCGCGAGAAGUGUGGGGUGCCCUUCUCCUGCUGUGUGCCGGACCCCGCGCAAAAAGUUGUGAAUACACAGUGUGGCUAUGAUGUCAGGACUCAGCUGAAGAGCAAGUGGGACGAGUCCAUCUUCACGAAAGGCUGCAUCCAGGCGCUGGAGGGCUGGCUCCCGCGGAACAUCUACAUCGUGGCCGGCGUCUUCAUCGCCAUCUCACUGCUGCAGAUAUUCGGCAUCUUCCUGGCGAGGACCCUGAUCUCGGACAUUGAGGCGGUGAAGGCAGGCCACCACUUCUGAGGAGCCACUUUGUCUGAGCAGAGCUGAGCCGUGCUGUGGAGGCCGAAGCCCUUCACCGCCCUCAACUUUAUGUCCAGAGGGAGAGAAAUGGACGCACCCGGCCAGAGCCAGCACCCCAUCUUCAGUAUCAGCGUGAUGUGACCUCUCUGUUUCUACUUGCUGGUGCUGAAGACCGAGGGCCCCCCCCCCCCCCCCCCCCGCACAGACUUGUCACCAAGACCCCCGCCCUGGGGUCUUCCCAGAGUCAGAGGAUGUGUCUUUAAGUCGGGGAGGUGACUCUGAGGGACAGACAGCUCUCGUGGCUGUGAGGACGGCUCAGCCCAGUCCUUCUGGGGCCCAAGUGCAUCUGCACCCUGGCCUCCUCACCACCCAUGUCAUCGGUGCUGGCUUGGAGGGCAGCCACAUCUUCUGGGAGUGGGGCGGGGCUGGGGGGCCAGCCGGCCUUGGCAAGACUUCCCGCAGCAGCCCAGGGGUGCUGCCUGUGCCCUCUGAGUGCACAAGCCAGGGGUGUUGGCGGGAUGCUCAGCCACAUCCAACUGAAGGAAGCCUGAGCCAGUGCGUGGGCUGGUGCCACGGGAGUGCCUUGUCCACCCCUUCCUCCCCCAGGGUAAGAAUUGCCUCCGAUCUUGACAGCAUUAUGCCCUGAUGGCACAAGGGGAUGGUGGACACAGCUCUCCUUUUGCUAAAGUGUGUAAAUAGUUUAUUUAUAGGGGUAAGAAUGUUUCCACACCACGUCUUCACUUCCUCUGGCAUUCUCCUCUCAGCAGCCUUACACAGUGUCUGGGACUGAAGCCUCCCCUUUCGGCUCCCUUGAGUGUCCCCCGAGCCAGCCCCAUCAACUUCUCCUUUUCAUCCCUGAUAGCCCAGCUGCACAGAUGUGCCCCCUCUUCCUCUACACACCCCCAACACACACCCCCACUGCCCUCCCCGCUCAGCCUCACCGUCUUCUGGUCUUGGUGCUACUGAAACCGUUACCCGGAACUUGAAUCCUGACCCUCCCUCACUGCAAGGCCAGGGAGCCCCAGCCAGAGACGGCCAGCCUGAACCCUUUGGCCAGGGCUCUUCUCCAGGCCAUGUGCUACGGGCCGGCAGGCCGGCCUGGCAUUUGCCUCUCCCUGGAGAGAGAAGCCUUGGAGCCAGGCCCCUGGGCCCUGUGCCGAGCCACGGACCCCAGCCUGCAGCUGCCUAGGGGCUUGGGGUGUUUCACUGCUAACUUUCGUGAUGACCCCCCCACCCCCCGACCGGAAUAUCUGUGGUCACCGUGUCCUGUCCGGGCUGUUGGGGGCUUGCUCUUAGAAAUGAAGUCUGACUUGUGUGCCGAAGAGCCCCCCGGGGGUAGCUGGGGCGUUCGUGCGUCUUUGGCUGGGCGACACUCUUAACGCUUCUCUGGAUCUUGUACCGGCCUGUCCUCAUCGUUCAGAGGUGGAGUGCCACCUUCACUUACUGCCCAAGUGUACAUGCUCGUGUGGUGUAUUCUGGUGGGUGUUUGUUGAUGAUGUUGGUUUUGUUUUUUUUACAAUUUUCUCUGUAGACUAGAGGAAAAAGAAUGCUUGUUUUUAGGAAGCGUGAUGCUUUUCUUUGACUGCCAAACUCUUUUAUGGAAUAUAUCUUUCUAUUAA